AUGUCUACACCAUCUGGCUCUGGCUCUCGAAAGGACAGGAAAGUUUCGAGAAAACCCAAAGUUCUAUCAGAUAGAUCACAGAAAACUCCCUCCGUCACAGCUCAACCUGAUCAAAGACCACCUGUUGCACCUCCUGCCUCGGACAACACUCCAGAACAAGCAUCUGUCAAUGUUGACCAACAAGCUCGAGACAUUACCACAGGACAUAACCCAGAGUCUGUACGUCUUCUCAAAUUACCAACUUUGCCAUCUCAGAGGCCUAAUCUACAAAAUUCUUUUGCCGAUCCCUUCAAGUGGCAACCACUUCCAGGAGAGCCUUUGAGUCCAAGUCACGGCAGCUCUCUACCACAGGAUAUCUGGAAACCACAAAAUUACAGAAAACAUGGCAACACUAGAAACAAUGGUGCUGCUCAUGGCACUCCUUUGGGUCCAGACAUUUGGAAACCGCAAAGUUACGCUAGAGAUGGUGAUAGAGACAGUCAUGGUUCCCGUCUUUUCACUCCUACUCCGAAUCCUCGGAGAGCGAGCUCAAGAAUGGAUCGGGUCAACUCUAAUCAGCGAAUACCUCCACUAACACAUGCUGCCCCACCAACCAACAAUAGGUUCGCCCAACGACUCCCUCCGUUAGCACCAGCUGCUCCAAAAUCAAAGAUAGCGUAUGCUCCGGGAUUUCCCUCAUCAUCAAAGAAAGUAGCUACCAACAGCAGCUCGGCUAUACGACAAUCAUUAUUAACACCAGCUGCCCCACAACACCCUCGAUCAACACAAGUUGUUCCAAAUCCCAGCAUCAACUACGCUGCACAACCACCAGUAGUCAAUCCCACUACCACCCUCGACUACAUUCCCUCUGAAGCCGCCGAAGAGCUUCGAGACAGACUCUUCAAGCUCACCUCCGACUACCAACGUCUCUACAGCAUUUUCAUGCCUAGCGGACAUGUCAGCCCCCAUGCCGCUCGCUGGAACUCAAUCGACAUCGAUCUUCCCUAUCUCUUCGAAGUUCGUCAGCAAGUUAUCAAUUGCCUGGUUGCUACCAAGAGAUUCGAAAAUGGAGAAGAGAUCAAAGACGUGGAAGGAUUCAAGGAAACUCAAAAACUUUUCUUUAAGAAUUUGGAGGAGGCUGUCGAUAUUGCUAUUGAGAAGAUGACUUGGUUGAGGAGAGAGUUGGAGGGUCCGGAUGGGUGUGCUUAUCAGCAUCGGAAUUGGUACUAUCAGGUUAUUGGGAACAAUCUAAGGAGUACUUGUUUGCCUUCAGCGAGGGAGGAUGGGGAUGUUGAGGGUGGAGAUGCUGGAGAUAGUGACAAAGCUACAAGACAUGGCGAUGAACAUGGUAACUUGGUAUCUCCAUCGCUGGACUCCGAAGAUGAAAAAGAAAUGAGGGCGGAGAAGCGCAUGAGGAUGUAG